CUCACCGCGCAUGCGCACUCUUCCACUGUGGUUCGACCUCUGCAGCCGGUGAGUGUGUAAAUGGCAGAUUGAAUGAGAAGCCUUUAUCUUUAACAAAUCCUCUCUCAUCCUCUCUCUUAACUCCACAUCACAUCGCACAAAGAGACCCGGGAUUCAACCAGAAAACACCAACAACUACCUAAAAUAGAAGAUGUACGCCUGUGCAAAGUUCGUCUCCACGCCGGCUCUGGUCCGUGCUGGUUCCCGGGCUCUUUACAGACCCCUCUCUGCCUCUGUGCUGUCCAGGCCUGAGCUCAAAACAGAGAGCGGUGUUGCUGUGAUGCCACAGAGCCCCCUCACCCAGGUCACACUGAGGGGCUUCCAGACCAGCGCUAUCAGCAGGGACAUUGACACCGCUGCCAAGUUCAUCGGAGCUGGAGCUGCCACAGUCGGAGUAGCUGGAUCCGGGGCUGGAAUUGGGACUGUGUUCGGCAGUCUCAUUAUCGGCUAUGCUAGGAACCCAUCUCUGAAGCAGCAGCUGUUCUCCUAUGCCAUCCUGGGAUUUGCCCUGUCUGAAGCCAUGGGACUGUUUUGUUUGAUGGUUGCUUUCCUUAUCCUGUUUGCAAUGUAAAAUUCUGCUGUCAUACAACACUUUCAUUACAGAUGUGACUACAUAUUUUAUUGUGGCUACCAAAAUUGUUCCGUGUUGGUCUCAUGGAAAUGUACAUUUUCAAGACUUUCAGACACUGUCGAAAUACGCAAAGCAUGUAUUGUACAAAUGUAAGAAAUUACGUGAUUAAAAUACAUGUAUUUGACUAUUUAACAAUGGCGCUAACUUUUAUGUCUGGAUAAUAGAAAGCUUUCUUGAAUGUCAUCUUUUCUGUGAAGCAGCUGCUUAGACUUGACAUGAAUCAGCCUUGUUUUCUCAGCACAUCACAUGCAAGCUUUUUUGGGGUCCACCUUAAUGAAUUCUUGGUUCAGGUGCAGUUAAAUAGUACGGUACUGUAAUUAGGCAGCAAGUGGGUGCUUGCUUUUGUAAAUGGCAAAUAAACCUAGAUUUAAUUGAGCUAAA